CCGUAGUUGCAAUCGCAGUAUCGGUCAGUGUUGUCCUCUGUGUGUUCGCCAACAGGAAUAAAGCUGAUAAAACGCUUAACAUGUUCAAACUGGUCCUGAUAGCUAUCGCGGUGGUAGCGGCCACAUGCGCCCCGAUGCCGGAACCGGCACCGGCGCCUGCUCCGGCACCAGGUCCCCUGCCACCAGGUUCCCUGCCACCAACCGCGUUGCUCGCCCCUGUUCCAGCGGUGGUCUACGCGCCUUUAAAAGUGUACCCGUAUCAGCCGGCGUAUCCUUUGGCGUAUCCUUACAACAGCUACAAGUGGAUCAACCCGGGCUCGCCGUACUCUUACUAAACAUUGAUUCGGGCUGUCCGGAGAAUCGCUAACGCCAUCGUGGUGCCCCUCGUAUAACGCGAUUCCACCGCAACGCGCCAAAUGAUUCUGUAUCGUGGAACGUCUCCGAAAUAAAAUAUUCUCUUGUCGCAAA